AUGCCUGAUGUGGAUCGGGCGGAAUUGGGGAGGGGGAUCAAAUCUGUUGUGAAGUUCAAGUGUUACACCCUCCAGGAUUUUGAAAUGACAUCAACUAAUCAUGCCGAGUUUCAUGCCCUUGCGGGUUUUUUCUCUCGCCCGAGUGAGCCAUUGCGAGGAAGUAGAGCACGGGACGCGCAGACCAUUGCGAAGUCUCGAGAACGCAUUUGCGGCUAUUUGGGUUGGCUGAAACAAUCGAAAUGGAAAAAGCACCCGAGCUUUGUCGAUUUCCACGAUUUGGACACGUUCCUUGACAAGUACAUAGACGGCUAUUUGGUCAGCAUCAGCGGUUUGGCACAUGGGUCAGUCGCCAACGCCAUCACUGCGGCGAUAGAUGUCUUGAAGGAUCUGCACGCACAGUCGGACGAGCCUUUCGCAAGAUGCGAAAAAAUCGCGAGGCUUGAAGAAUCGAAGGAACAUGGAACAGACGCUGGCUGA